AUGCCCUUGCUGACACUGGGCUUUUUCUGUCUGCAACUCGACCGUGGCAACAUCUCCAACGCCAUCACCGACAACAUGAUGGAAGACAUUGGCAUUGACCAGAAUCAAUUCAAUGUUGGGCAGCAGAUGUUAUCCCUAGGCAUCGUGCUGUUCGAGAUCCCUUCUAAUAUGAUCCUCUACCGCGUUGGACCUGGAAAGUGGUUGACGUUGCAGCUCUUCCUCUUUGGCACCGUUUCGACCUUCCAGUCCUUCCAGAACAGCUAUGGAUCCUUCAUCGUCUCUCGCCUUAUGCUGGGCAUCACCGAAAGCGGUUUCAUUCCUGGCGGGCUUUGGACGUUGAGUACGUGGUACACCAGGACCGAGACCGCGAAACGUGUCAUGAUAUUCUACUUUGGCAACCAGUUCGGACAGGCAAGCUCCAAGCUCCUUGCGUAUGGUAUCUUGCAUAUGCGCGGCGUCGGUGGAAAGGCCGGCUGGUUCUGGCUCUUCACCCUUAUGGGCAUUUUCACCAUCCUGUCGGGGUGCAUCCUUGGCUUCUUCUUACCGGACAGCUUCAAGAAUCCUCACAGCACAUUCUUGCCGAAGUGGAACAUGUUCAGCGAGCGCGAGAUACACAUCCUGCGCAACAGAGUACUCUUUGAUGACCCGAUGAAGGGUAAGAAGAAGAAGCGAAUCGGUCGUGCAGCUUUCAAGAAAGCUUUCUCGAGCUGGCGGAUGUGGGUGCAUGUUCUGAUCACCUUGUGCAAUAAUGGCCCGCAGCGCGCAUUCGACACGUAUGCACCAUCACUAGUCAACGGUUUCGGCUUCGCGUCACUCACCAGCAACGCCCUUGCAUCGGUCGGCUUGUUCUUACAGAUCCCCGUGUCGUUCGCAUUCAGUUGGGUGAGCGAUCACUGCAAUCGCCGCGGCGAGACCGUCAUUGCCGGACUCUCGAUGCAUCUCCUCGCCUAUGUCUUCAAUCGCAGCUUCACAGAUCUGGGGAAUGGCUUGCGUGGAGUCAAGUACUUCGGUGUCAUCUGGACCCAAACAGCGCUUGCUAUGGCCAUGGUCAUCAUGGGUGCAAACACAGCAGGCAUCUACGGCGCGCAGAUUUUCAGGCAAGCUGAUCGACCGCGCUACCGAAGAGGGUUUGCCUGCGGUAUCGGGAUCCUAGCUUUCGGAUUGCUACUAGCCGUUGUCAGGUAUGUCGAUGACCGCAUCCGCCGCAAGAAAGCACCACAGAACGAUCUCCACACCAGCAGCAGCAGCGAGGAAGGCGUCGGCGAAGAUGACAAGCGGACGGUGUGA